UACUGAUGCACUUUUCAAGGGAUAUCAAGUAUUGUUUAUAGUCAAUCAAAUAACGUCAAUCAUUUUCUACAGUGUCAUCUUUAUAUUGGGAAUUCCCGGGAAUGGCUUAGUGAUCUGGAUUGCCGGAUUCAAGAUGAAGAAUGUCACUGCUGUGUGGUUCCUCCAUCUGGCCAUAGCUGAUUUCAUAUGCUGUUUAAUUCUCCCUUUGAAAAUUGCAGACUGGGCUAUGUAUUUAAAAGGAGAAGUUGCCUAUACAUUAUGUAAAGUCAGUACCGGCAUAUUGUAUAUUACCAUGUGUGCUAGUGUAAAUUUUCUUUGCGCCAUGAGUAUUGAACGCUGUGCAUCGAUAAUGUGGCCAAUUUGGUCUAAGACUCAUAAAACACAAAAAUGUGUCCGCAGCAUCUCAGUAAUAAUUUGGGCUUUGAGUCUGACCUUAAGUCUUCCUCAUGUGAUUUUUAACUGUGUGUUUUUUGAUAUGUCAGAGUGUAUGGGAAAAUUUAAUUUUCAUGAUUUUCAUAGACACACCUCUGACAUGAACAUUAUGAAAAUCACCAGGUUGGUUACAAUGUUUGUGAUCCCUUUCGUUAUCAUUCUAGUGUGUUAUUGUCUAAUAUUUUUUAAACUUACACAAGUCAAAAAAUCAAAAAAGUCUCAGCGACCGUACAGGAUUAUCACAACAGUUGUGACUUGUUUCUUUAUCUGUUGGUUUCCAUAUUACACUUGGCCAUUAAUACCAAUGCAUAGCAAAUCUUCAGAUAUAGAUAAUACAGUGUAUGUAAUGUGUGUCUGCCUGGCUUACUUCAACAGUUGCAUUAAUCCCAUCCUCUAUGUCUUCAUCGGCCAAGACUUUAAAGAGAGUUUAAUGCGUUCAAUCCCAUCCAGGUUGGAAAGUGCUCUAACCGAGACCUCUCAUCAGUCUGCAAAAGAAAGAGAGAAUUUUAUUAGAGUUGUGCCCAAUAGGAAUGUUUUAAAAACACCCAACUCACUGUUAUUUUCCACAUUCCCUAGUACAAAUUACUGUAAGUGCUACUAAAUCGACAAAGAUAUCUUGUUGUAUGUUCAGGAGGGUGAACAAGGAAACGUGAAAGUAAAGCAAAGUAUUUAGCAUAUGAUACAAUGGGACAUGUACGAGACAGUAUACAGUUAUCAGAAGGUGAAAACUACUUGAAACUAUGAAAAGAGAAUAGCAAUGAGAUGCCUUCUACCAUGGAAAUCUGAAUCAUAUCAUUGUUAGGUUUCACUAGUUUAUUUGAAUUAAGUUCAACUAUAUGUAUACUUAUAAUUGUUACACUUUACUUGUUAGUAUGAUAAUAAUAAUCAUGUUUCACUAAUUAAUAUAAGGAAAUAUAAACUAUAUAUAAUUGUUUAAUUCAGGGCCAUAACUAGGUGUGUGCGGUGGGGGCACCGCACAUAGCGCUGUAGGGUAGGGAGCGCUGUUGGCGGCACUUGUUAAUUACAUUAUCUGUUUUAAUUUUUUUCACUUGCAGCUUC